AUGAACCAGCACCAUCAGCAGCAGCAUCAAUCAUCAUCAUCAUCACUAACACCACCAUCCAAUCCGAGGUUUACCAUCUCUUCUUCUACUAGUAAUAGUAGCAAUCCAAGUGGUGGUCAAAUGAACAUUACCAUGAAUGCCAACAACAACAAUGGAUCAUCAUCAUCGGCAAGAGUAAAUUCCAAUACGAGUGGUAGCAGCAGUAGUAGUAGCUCCUCAAGAAAGAAGCAACAUCAAACACCCCAAUUCUAUGGAUCUAAUCUCAUGACCUCACCAAACGCUUCAUCCGGAAAGGGAUCUGCUAGUGGAUCAUCAACAACACACGAAGGUAAAGGCAUCACUUCUCCAACAAAGUCCAAUUACAAAAGCCUAGUUUCCAAACCCAAUGUUCAAAUCAAAGGUACUCCACAAAUACUAUUGGCUCCAAAGAGAAGUCAAACCGAGCCACAAGUGCCAGCGAAUGGUACUUUGUCAGCAUCAACAACUGCUGGAGGUAUUCAAUUGUUACAAAAGCCUACAACUAAGAGCAGCGCAGACGCUUCUCAAACAUCACAACAAGCAUUCGGUGAUAUUAUUAGCCAGAAUUAUACAUCGGCAAACAUUGUGGUUGCACAAACACAGCAGCCAGUGAAUAUUGCAACGAGAGUCGCGUCCUCCAAGGUUGAGUUGAAUGGAGGCCAACUCGAGACAAACAAACCAAGUACAUCAUCUGUUGCAGCACAAAAGCCUCAAGAUCAUCCAAUUAUUCAAGGAUUUACCAACAAGGGGUUAAGUCUUAUUCACGAAAAUGCUUCCGGAUUGUAUAACAGUAUUCUAGAAUUGCAAUCCAAUCAACAUCUGCAACAACUUGCAAAUUUAUUUCCAAAUGAUAAGCAAUUAUCCACUGAAAGUAAUAACUAUUCUGUUAUUGGAGUUAUUGGCAAGCAAGGAAGUGGUAAAUCUCUUAUUUUGAAUUCUCUUAUUGGAAACCGAGAGGUUUUUGCUGUUGAGGAUUUAGACUGUUUUCUAGAUUGCAAAUAUAAGACAAGUGGUGUUGACAUUUAUAGAACUUCGGACCAGCAAAUAUUCAUUGAUACUCAGCCAUUGUUUGCCUCUCCAGCUCAACAUCCAACAAGCGGUGGUAGCCACUAUUAUUCCACAUCUGGACAUGGUGCUGGGCUCACUUCUAGCGGAUCUAAGUCAUUUGAGACCUCCGUCGAGGCCGUAUCAAUUGCUGCUUUGGAGAGUUUUGUUGACAUUACUAGUCUUCAAAUUGCAUUGUUUGUAUUCAGUGUUGCGCAUGUUGUUAUUGUACUGUUGGAUCAUCAAUCUGAUGUUCUUGAACAAUUCAAAAUGUUUCAGUUUAUUCAAACAAUUCGAAUGUUACAACAAGGAGUACCAAGCAUUACUCAGUGUGGAAAGAUUUCUUCCUCUGCAACAACUAAUCUUGAAGGUCACGUUCCUGAAAUUGUUUUUGUUCUCAACAAGGUACACCCUAGGGAUAUGAGCGAAUUGAAUAUUAAGCACAUGCAAGCGUUGCUUGAUUCGUACUUUUCAAGUACAAACUUUAGAAAGAAUGGUCAUAUCCAUCCACAUAUGUGGCAUCAUAAUUUCAAGAAAAACGAAACUGUGAAUUUCUUUAUGAUUCCCUAUGCAUCUAAGAAGAUUGAGGACAUUGAGGAUUCUAUUAAUUUACUAAAGAAAGGUAUUCAUACAAUGCCAAAACCAGUCUUCAAGAAAAUGUCUCAAGCAGAGUGGUUCAGCAAUUCUGUUAGAAAUUUCGAGGUGAUCAAGAAGAGCUAUUUCCUUCAGGAAUACAUCCGAAAACUAACAAGCAGCAUGUCUGUUCAUAAUUGA